AUGCCGGGUGACGAUGACGAUGCCAAAUUUGAUGUGUACAAGUACAGACGUCGGGCGGAGAGGUCUAAAUUGUCUCUCAAUACUCGUUAUUCUGAUAUCCCUAGAGUUUUAAGCCAAAAUAUCAUUUAUGAAAGGGAUAACAAUAAAAAGUCGACGAGAUACGCCAUACUACAGGAACCACGAAUUGAAUUCUCCAUUAACAAAUUCCGUGCUCUUCUUCUAAUAUAUUCUGAUCAAUCCUGGAAAGUUUUCGUCCUCACAACGCUUUUCAUAGAAUACGUUUUAGAUUCUUGUAUCUAUACCUUUUACAAACCUAACGAGCGGAAUUUGUGGCUUAUACUUUUAAUUGUUUGUCUGAAUUCAGUAUACACUUUCGACGUUUUAAUUGUAUGUGGCUUGAAAUUUUCAAGAAAUUGGAGAAAAACACUUAAUUUAGUGGAACCAAAUACUAAUAAGGUUGUAAUAGAAAUUCUUCUAGCCAUACCUUAUGCUCUUCUUUAUUUAAUUCGAGAUGAUACAGCGGUAUUCGAUUUCACUAUAAUCGCCCCUAUCAUGUCGACAUUACGGGCUUACAGAAUUUUGGAAUACUUCUAUAAUAAAUCAUCUCAAGCUGGAAGUAAUCAAUGGACCACAUUUCUGUUUCAAUAUCUGAUACUUUUAUUGCUAUGCGUUCACUCGUGGACCUGUGUAUGGUUUUUGUUUUCAUACCGAAACUUUGAUAUCCACAAAAUACGUUUAUCAUGGUCUUCAGCCGCUGUGUAUCUUCCAACUGAAGAAACAUUUGAUUGGUAUUUCGUUUGCACUUAUUGGUCAAUCAUGUGUCUUACAACAAACGCUAUAGGAGAUUUGUACCCUGUGACAACAUCUGAAAGAAUAGCAGCCAUUGGGGCUAUACUAGUGGGUUUUGCUCUAACAACAAUCGUAUACGUUGGAUCAUUGACAUCCCAAUUUAUAACCAUCACGACAAGACGUGCUAAAUAUGUGAGGCAGUUGAAGAAAAUCAAGAACUAUUUACAUCUCAUCAAAAUGGACGCAGAAACCACGAAACGUAUUAUGAGUUAUUAUGAAGAUCUCUGGUAUCAAAAGUCUGGAGUAUUUAAACCGGAAUUACUCGAGCUCUUGCCUUUGCCGUUACAAAUGGAAAUAUGUUACGAUUUGAACGCUGUACCACUGUAUAGUUCCUUGAUAUUUAGAAAACUUCCUGAGGCGUUCCUUCGUAGGCUAUCUCUGGCUAUGAAUCACCAGUUCUAUCUACCUGGUGACAUUGUUUAUAAUCAUAAUCAUAACAAGACUAUUAUGGUUUGUAUCACCAGCGGAGUACUUGAAUUGUUAUCUGAUGAAGAUGAUGAAAGUCCAAUGAUAUCUUUUAGUAAAGGUACUUGUUUCGGAGAAAUAUCAUUAGUCUAUAAUAUCCCAGCAAGGUGCACUGUUAAAGCUGCUACUUACGUAGAAUGUCAAGUGCUAGAAAAAGCGGAGUUCAUCAAACUAAUGAUAACUUACCCUGAUCUAGUCGAUGGCAUACGCAAUCAAUUACAAGAGCGUAUUGAAAGAAGCCGUCUUCGAAAGAAACAGAAAAUCAACAACUCUCCUUUGUCACUAAAUAUAUAUGUAUCAAAAGAUCGCCCAAAAAGUAGCAUCAAAUGUUUGAAAGACAAAUUGAGAUACAUACAAGGUAAAACAGACGCAGAUACAACGAAAGAUAGCGAACUAGAUCAAAACUGCCUGGAUUUGUACAUUAUGUCAGAACAUAUUAAAAAGAAGACUGCAGUAUUUACUUGCAUAAAUGAAAAAAUACCUUGGAUUCUUGAAUGGGAUUGUUAUCUUGUAAAAUACUGGGAGCAAGUUAUGCUCCUCAUUGUAUUUUAUAUUUGUAUCAUCUAUCCCUACUAUAUCGGAAUCAAGAGACGAUUCCCGACCGAUGGAUUAUUCUUUCAGUUUUAUAUUGUUGUGACUGUUAUUUUGAUACUAAACGUACUCUUAUCCUGUGUGACCGCAAUAAAAACGAAAAAGAAAUAUUUUAGAACUGUCAAGAAAAUACUCAAUCAAAGAAUGAAAAUGUUGGGUUUUUAUUUAGAUGUGGUUGCAAUAAUACCUUUCGAAUACAUCGUUACAAUUCAUACAUAUUCUGAUGUAAAGUAUCAUGAUAACUACAGAGAUCACCUAUAUUAUCUAUGCAAAGGUUCAAAAUUGUGUCUUGUAUGGAGAAUUUCAAAUUUCUUUGAAAAAUUAGAAAAGAAAUUGCUUCUAAACACUCUCAUAGUAAAGGUGGCGAAAUACUGUGUUUACAUCAGUUUGUUGUGUUAUUGGUGUGGUGUGAUAUUAUACAUGGAAUCCUGUUUUGUAAGCAGAUGUUCAGAAACUUCAUGGUACAGCAAAGUUGUGACUUGGGAGGACCAGUUCACUCUAAGAGGAGCUAACAAGACAAAAUACCCAUUAAUACCAUCAGUAUACUUCGCUACGACUAUUUUGCUGUCUGUUGGAUAUGGCGAUUAUACCCCUGGUGACAAAUUUGACAUGGGUUUUGUAGCUUUCAUAAGUUUGUACGGUGUUUUGCUAAUUGGGUUCAGCAUCUCUGAAUUUUCAGCCAUCGUGACUCAUUGGUCAAGGACCAAAACCGCAUUCUUGGAAGUCAUUAUAACUAUAGACAAAUUCUUAAGAGAGAAUAACAUGCACCCAGCAAUAAAGGCGAGAAUAAUGUCUUUUUACGAUUUACAAUGGCAGUAUAAUUCGGGAGUAGAGCUAACUGAAGAAAAUUGGUUAGAAGCAACAGUAAUACCACCAGAACUUCGUAAGAAAGUGCUUCAUCAAGCACGCUUUCGAGCUUUAACAUCAAUACGCUUCUUUCAAGUUAAAAACAAGGAAUUCAUUCAAACUCUAACUGAAACUGCAACUGAUAUCAUACUACCACCAGGAGAAAUAGUAUACUACGGAGGUACAGUUUCAAGAGAGCUGUAUAUUAUUGAAAAGGGAUACUGUAUGCUUACUUCUCAUGAAGCGAACGAGAUGAAAAUACAACGAGUUAUAGGCCCUGGGAACCACUUAGGUUUGCUGGUUCUUUUGUAUGGAGUUCCAGCUAUUGGAACUGUCGUAACUUUGACUCAUUGUAAACUCAUAAGUAUAAGCCACGCAGCGUACACUUCAGCACUGAGUUUAUUCCCAGCAAUGAAAGAACAUGAGAAUUUGCUGACACUCGAAGAACUGCGCAUGAUUGAAUGCCAAGCAAAAGCUCAGAGAGCCGAGGGAUAUCUGACUCGGUACGAUAAACUUACGGAGAAGCAUACAGUUAAAAUCAGAAAUCUUUUUAAUCGUUUUCUUGAUAAUUCAUUUAUUAAUGUUUAUAAUUAUUAUGCCGAAAGAAAGGAAAGUUACUGGAAAUCCUACGAACAGUUUCACAUUCUCAACAACAUUGCUCGUUGUACACUCAUGCCAAUUGCGAUAAAACCUGAUGGUACAUUUCUCAAAUGUUGGGCUAUUAUGAGAGUUAUAGUUGCUAUUGUAUUGGCAUAUUUGAUACCGGUUAUAUUAUCUUUGGCGCCGCUAUGUGGAUAUUUUAAUUCAACGUUAUUAGUAUUAGAAUUAAUAUGUUACAUCGAUCUUUACUUGAUGUUGCACGUUGCUUAUUAUGGGCCUAAGAAUCAACUCAUCUACCAUCCUUAUUUGACUGCAAAAAACUAUUUGAAGGGCCCUUUCACAAUUGAUUUGUUAACUUGUUUACCAUGGUAUGCCAUAUGGAUAAUGUUUGUAUCGAAGCACAGCGAAGAUCAUACAGAAGCUGACCAUAAUGUCAACCCUCACGUGUACCACUGCAUGUUUAGAAUGAUCAAUGUAUUACAAAUAUACAAAGUCUAUGCCGUCUUUUGGGCUGAUUCUGUGUCUGCGCUGAAACGGGCCUAUCUUAUGAGUGUGGUACAAUUCCUCAUUGUGACGCUGUUUUUCCUCAAUUUGUACACAUCGAUCCUUAUCAUACUGUCAUGCAGAUAUGUGACAGCGCCGGACGAGCAUGAGUUCAAAAGAAAGUUGACUAAGUUAUCGUUACCCGGUCCAUACAUGAACGCCACUUACCACCCUGGCGGUAACAUGAUAUGUGCACUUGGAUCCUGGGUAGACAAGUCGAAACUUCUGAAAGACGAUUACAUGGCGCCAGUCAAAGUUUAUUUGCUGGCUUACUAUUGGUCAGCGACCAGUUUCAGCGGAGCAGGCUUCGGUGACAUCACGGCCCAAGACACCGCCCACAUGAUCCUGGCCAUUUGUAUCAACAUACAUGGAGUUUUGUUCUUUGGAUAUGUCUACGCAAGAAUAGCGUCGUUAAAGGCAAUGGCUGAUCAAGUCCUUACUAAAUUUCAAGAAAAUUUGAAGCACUUAGAUCUGUUUUUAAACAGAGAAAGUGUAUCGUUUUCGCUUAAGAAAACUGUAAUUGAAUACUGGAAAUAUCAAUGGAAACGCACUGGAGGUUGGUCGCACCAAACCAUAUUUGGAAAGCUUCAUGCAAAUUUAAACGAAGACGCAGUACUGUAUAUGUAUGAAAAGACCUUGCGUGAAAUACCUCUUUUCGACGAUGUAGAGUACUCUUUCUUUCGGGCAUUUGCGAAGAAAUUACAGGAAAGAUAUUUUCAAAAAGGGUACAUGGUGUUGAGGUCCAACGAGGUGAUAGAAGCCAUGUACAUUAUUUACAGAGGAAAGGUGGAUAUAGUGUCCGAUGACAAUGAAGUGGAGGCGUGCAUGGGCCCAGGCGGUAUAUUCGGAAAUAUCAAAGGGGCAUCUAAAUAUUUGACGCAAUCAAAUAUUAUUGCGUCGAGGAAUAUAGAUUUGUUAGUAAUAAGGGGCCACGAAUUUUAUUCACUGUUGAAGAGCUAUCCGUCAGUUUUGCGGAAAGUAAGGAAUUGCGUCGAGAAAGCACCCAAAGACUAUGUGUUACCAAGUAUUAUAUCUACUCCAGAACAUGAAAAUACCGAGAUAGAAUCAUACCCAUUGACAUACGAAUCUGGCGAGGAGGAAGAGGAAAAUGAAUAUGUGAAUAUUGAUACAAGUAUCGAGAGUCCACAACGAAGCACGGCGGAGAUUUCAUCACAUGGCUCCAGAUCUAUCACUUCUACUGGGAAUGUGGAUUACAUUCCUGCAUCGCUUUUACUCUUCUCGCCACAUCGAUGGUUCAGAAGCAGCAUUAUCCCAGAUUCUGCUCUUAUAACAAUUAUGGACUUACUCAUCAUGGUGUUAUCGUACGUAGAUUUUAUGAGCCUCAUUUACCAGAUGGCGUUUCAAUCUAUCCCUCACUUUUUGCAUUUCUGCAUCGCCAUGGACUCCGUAUUUUUGUACAAGCUGUUUCUAGAUGUGCAUAGUGGGUACAUGAACAGAUACGGCGAAUACGUUCUAAACCCAACGAAAGUUAGAAAGAUGUACUUCUCAAAAGUGAUGCUUCGAAGGCGGGACUUCCUGGCUAACUUACCGCUUUGUUACCUAGCGUUUGCAUUGAACCUUCGACAAGAGAUGCAGCUAGCAUUGUUCUGCUACAUGAGAACGCCACAGCUGUUUCGAAUCUCAUAUUUAUUCACCUUCAGGUCUCACAGAAAGAUUAAUAUAGGAUCAGCAAAUCUUAUCUUUAAAUUAGCGAAUAUCGGAAUAAUGGCGUCGAUAUUGGCCCAUGUUAAUGCAUGCCUGUUUUUCAAAUUAUCCUGCCUCACGCCAAUACAAUGCAAUUCGGCUAAUUGGAUGUUAAAAAGAGAACUUAAUUUAAAACCAAAGUUUCAAGAAAAAAACUAUUUCUCCAUAUACAUCGCAGCUCUCUGGUACAUCAUAAACCUGUUGACAAUCACAGGGACGGGAGACGUUUCAUCGCAAAAUGAUUUUGAAGUUAUUGAGACAAUUAUCAUCAUCAUCGUAAUUAAAUUCUGUGCAGGUUUGCUUAUAUCUGAAAUGUCCGCAAUGAUAACAGCACAUUCGUCGUCUCGCAUCGCAUAUGAUUACGUCAUAAACGAACUGAGAGACGGGCUGAGAGACAUGGACCUGAGUGUGCAUCAGAUGAAUAAGAUGUGGGAUUAUGUUAGGGAGCUGUGGAACAGACAUCAAGGCAGACAGAUGCCAGAACUAGUAAGUACGCUGCCAUUCCGCCUCCGAUGUCAAGUCAUGCAGGCAGUCUACGGUUGCCACAUAAAAGAGUCCAUGAUAUUUAACAAAACCGACGACGAUUUCAGAAGAAUGCUCUGCAUGUGGAUGAGACACUGCGUAUUUUUCCCAGGAAAUUAUAUCGUGCAAUGUGGAGAUUCUGAUCAAUGCAUUUACUUUAUUCAUAGAGGAGAGGUAGAAGUGCUGACUGUGCAUCAAAACCUGACCGAAUCAGUCUACGAUAUUCUUGGCCCUGAAGACAGUUUUGGUAUUGCACAGGGUCUAUUUGUGGGAGUCUGUCAUCAUUUCUCAUUCAGAGCACGAACAGUUGUAGACAUAGUUUACUUGAAGUUGGACCAAUGGAAAUAUUUACUCGACUUUUAUCCCCAGGCCGCAAAAAUAGUACAAAGAAAAGUGGAAAAUGUGUACUUAGCUAUAUAG